AUGGCGAGCCUGCAGCCGGCCGGCUCGGGCCCUGCCGCUCUUGGCCCGGCCCUGCUUCGGCCACUGCUGCUGCUCCUGGUGGUGGCCGUGAGUGUCCUGCCCGGCGCCAAUGGAACAUGCCCAGAGCGGGCGCUGGAACGAAGAGAGGAGGAGGCAAACAUUGUACUCACCGGCACCGUGGAAGAGAUCCUCAACGUGGACCCGGUACAGCACACGUACUCGUGCAAGGUUCGGGUCUGGAGGUACCUGAAGGGCAAAGAUGUCGUAACCCAGGAGAGCCUGCUGGAUGGUGGGAACAAGGUGGUGAUUGGUGGCUUUGGAGACCCUCUCAUCUGUGACAACCAGGUGUCCACUGGGGACACUAGGAUCUUCUUUGUGAACCCUGCACCUCCAUACCUAUGGCCAGCCCACAAGAAUGAGCUGAUGCUAAACUCUAGCCUCAUGCGGAUCACCCUGCGCAACCUGGAGGAGGUGGAGCUCUGUGUGGAAGAUAAACCUGGGACCCACUUCAUGCCAGCACCUCUGCCUCUGGAUGCAUGCCGGGGGAUGCUGUGUGGCUUUGGUGCUGUGUGCGAACCCAGUGCGGAGGGCCCAGGCCAAGCCUCCUGCGUGUGCAAGAAGAACGCCUGCCCCAGUGUGGUGGCCCCUGUGUGUGGAUCUGAUGCCUCCACCUACAGCAAUGAGUGUGAGCUACAGCGGGCUCAGUGCAGUCAGCAACGCCGAAUCCGCCUGAUUAGCCGGGGUCCUUGUGGGUCCCGAGACCCCUGCUCCAACGUGACCUGCAGCUUCGGCAGCACCUGUGCCCGCUCUGCUGAUGGGCAGACUGCUGUGUGCUUGUGCCCCACCUCCUGCCCAGGGACCUCCCAGGGCACAGUGUGUGGCAGUGACGGUGCCGACUACCCCAGCGAAUGCCAGCUGCUGCGCCAUGCCUGUGCCCGCCAGGAGAACCUCUUCAAGAAGUUCAAUGGCCCUUGUGACCCCUGCCAGGGCACCCCUGAUGACCCGAGUCGCAUAUGCCGUGUGAAUCCUCGCACGCGGCAGCCGGAGAUGCUCCUGCAUCCCAAGAACUGCCCCCCGAAGCGGGCACCUGUCUGCGGGGAUGAUGGCGUCACCUAUGACAGUGAUUGUGUGAUGGGCCGGACUGGGGCUGCGCGUGGCAUUCUCCUCCAGAAGGUUCGCUCUGGCCAGUGCCAUCCACAAGACCAGUGCCUGGAGUCCUGCCAGUUCCAUGCUGUGUGCCUGUCCCGCCGGGGCCGCCCCCACUGCUCCUGUGACCGUGUCACGUGCGACAGUGCCUAUAGACCCGUGUGCGCCCAGGAUGGGCACACGUAUGACAAUGAAUGCUGGCUCCACCAAGCUGAGUGCCAGCAGCAGCGUACCAUCCCUGUGAGGCAUCGGGGCCCAUGUGGCCAGCCCCCAUCUCCUUGCCGAGGGGUGCAAUGCCCAUUUGGGGCAACGUGCGCUGUGAAGAAUGGUGAGGCUUCCUGUGAGUGCCCACAGGCAUGCCCAGGAAUCUACGACCCCGUGUGUGGCAGUGACGGCAUCACGUACGGCAGUGCCUGUGAGCUGGCAGCCACGGCCUGUGCUCUCAGCCGGGAGACCCACGUGGCAAGAAAAGGGCCCUGUGACCGCUGUGGGCAGUGCCGCUUCGGGGCCUUAUGUGAGGCCGAGACAGGGCGCUGUGUGUGCCCCUCCGAGUGUGUGGCCUCGGCCCAGCCUGUGUGUGGCUCUGAUGGGCAAACCUAUGCCAGUGAGUGUGAGCUACAUGUGGCAGCCUGCACCCGCCAGAUCAGCCUUCACGUGGCCGCAGCCGGACACUGCCUAACCUGUGGAGACAUGGUAUGUGCCUUCGGGGCCGUGUGCUUAGCGGGGCAGUGUGUGUGUCCACGGUGUGAGCGUCCCCCACACGGUCCUGUGUGCGGCAGUGAUGGCAUCACAUACCAGAGCAUGUGUGAGCUCCGAGAGGCAUCCUGCCGGCAGCAGACACAUAUUGAGGAGGCCCGGGCAGGGCCAUGCGAGUUGGCCGAGUGUGGUUCGGGAGGCUCCGGCUCCGGGGAAGACGGUGAGUGUGAGCCUGAGCUGUGCCGGCAGCGUGGUGGCGUCUGGGACGAAGAUUCGGAGGAUGGACCAUGUGUCUGUGACUUCAGCUGCCAGAGUGUUCUACGGAACCCGGUUUGUGGCUCUGACGGGGUCACCUAUGGCACCGAGUGUGAACUAAAGAAAGCCAGGUGCGAAUCACAGCGAGAAUUGUACGUGGCAGCUCAGGGAGCCUGCAGAGGUCCUACUGCUGCCUCCUUGCCGCCCUUGGCUCCCCCACACUGUACCCAGACCCCCUAUGGUUGCUGCCAGGACAAUGUCACUGCUGCCCGGGGCGUGGGCCUGGCUGGAUGUCCCAGCGUGUGCCAGUGCAACCCACAUGGCUCCUAUGGUGGCUCCUGCGACCCAGCCUCUGGCCAAUGCUCCUGCCGCCCGGGUGUUGGGGGCAUCAAGUGUGACCGCUGUGAGCCUGGCUUCUGGAACUUCCGCGGAAUUGUCACUGAUGGCCGGAGUGGCUGCACCCCCUGCAGCUGUGACUCCCGUGGAGCUGUGCGGGAUGAUUGUGAGCAGAUGAGCGGGCUGUGCUCCUGUAAGCCUGGGGUGGCAGGACCCAAGUGCGGCCAGUGUCCAGAUGGCCGGGCCCUAGGCCCCACUGGCUGUGAAGCAGACUCUGUGGUGCCUGUGACCUGUACAGAAAUGCGCUGUGAGUUUGGCGCCACGUGUGUAGAAGAAGCCGGCUCCGCCCACUGCGUGUGCCCAACACCCACAUGUUCAGAGGCCAAUGCAACCAAGGUCUGUGGGUCGGACGGUGUCACGUAUGGUGAUGAGUGUCAGCUGAGGACCAUCGCCUGCCGCCAGGGCCUGGACAUCUCUGUCCAAAGCCUCGGGCCCUGCCAGGACUCCAUCACUCCCAGCGUCCACCCAACACCUGUAGCUACCGCUGGGCCUGCCACUCACAGGGCGCUACCAGCACCUCCCAGUGCCCUGCCCCUGGCUCCGAGCAGUACCCUCCACAGCCAGCCCACCCCUCGACCCUCAUCUCGACCAUGGACCACAGCUAGCAUGCCCAGGACCACAGGGCGGCCAGCACUGACCGUACCCCCCAUAGCACCCCAAAUGGUAGCCAGCCUGGCCACAUCAGCCUUCGGGGAAUCGGGCAGCGCUGAUGGCGGGAGUGGUGACGAGGACCUAAGUGGAGACCUGGAAGCCAGUGGAGCUGGCUCUGGGGGACUCGAGCGCCCCAAGGACGGCAGCGCUGUGACCCCCGGCCCUCCCAUUGAGAGGGCUUCCUGCUAUAACUCGCCUCUGGGCUGUUGCUCAGUUGGCAAGACGGCCUCGCUGGAUGCAGAGGGCUCUAACUGCCCGGCCACCAAGGCAUUCCAGGGCCUGCUGGAGCUCGAGGCAGUUGAGGGCCAGGAGCUGUUUUACACACCUGAGAUGGCUGACCCCAAGUCGGAGCUGUUUGGGGAGACGGCUCGGAGCAUUGAGAGUGCGUUGGAUGACCUCUUCCGGAACUCAGAUGUCAAGAAGGACUUUCGAAGUGUGCGCCUUCGGAACCUGGAGCCCAGCAGCUCAGUCCGUGCCAUCGUAGAAGCCCACUUUGACCCCACCACGACUUUCAGGGCGACCGACGUGGGCCGGGCCUUGCUCCGGCAGAUCCAGGUGUCCCGACGCAGGGCACUGGUGGUGAAGCGGCCAUUACAGGAACAUGUACGUUUUAUGGACUUCGACUGGUUUCCAGCGAUCAUCACCUCAGGAGCCACCACUGCCAUGGCCGGAGCCACCACUGCUGGCCACGUUCCCUCUGCCUCUGUGACCUCCCGGGCCUUCUACCCAACUCACACAAGCCGGCCCCCUAGCAGAACCACUGCCCCUCCUACCACCCGUCGGCCCCCUACUACCGCCCCGAGCCGCCGUGUGCCCGGACACCGGCCCCUGCUCCCCGGCACCCCACGGCCCCCGCGGCCCUGUGACUCACAACCUUGCCUCUACGGUGGGACCUGCCAGGACUGGGAUGGCAGCCAGACCUUCAGCUGCAGCUGCCCCGAGGGGAGGGGGGGCACCAUCUGUGAGACAGCACUGAACCCUGUGGUACCAUCCUUUGGGGGCCGCUCCUUCCUGGCCUUCCCCACACUGCGCGCCUACCACACUCUGCGCCUGGCCCUCGAGUUCCGGGCACUGGAGCCUCAGGGCCUGCUGCUGUACAAUGGCAAGGCCGAUGGCAAGGACUUCCUGGCACUGACUCUGCUGGGGGGCCGAGUGCAGCUCAGGUUUGAUACUGGCUCUGGGCCCGCAGUACUGACCAGCUCGGUGCCCAUUGAGCUGGGCCGUUGGCACCGCCUGGAGCUGUCGAGACACUGGCGCCAGGGUACUCUCUCAGUGGACGGCGAGACCCCAGUCCUUGGUGAAAGCCCCAGUGGCACUGACGGCCUCAACCUGGACACCGAUCUGUUCGUGGGUGGUGUUCCUGAGGACCAGGCCGCUGUGGUGCUAGAGCGGACUUCAGUUGGCGUUGGUCUGCUGGGCUGUAUCCGCCUGCUGGACAUCAACAACCAGCAGCUGGAACUGAGUAGUCAGGGAGCUUCAACCCAAAGUGUCGGCGUGGGCGAGUGUGGGGGAGACCCCUGCCUGCCUAACCCCUGUCACGGUGGUGCCCCGUGCCAGGUUCUUGGGGCUGACAUGAUCCACUGCCAGUGCCCGCCUGGCCGCUUUGGCCUGACUUGUGCUAAUGACCAGAACCCCUGCCUGCCCAACCCCUGCCAUGGGGCAGCCCCCUGCCGAGUGCUACCUGAGGGCACGGCCAAGUGCGAGUGCCCCCUGGGACGAGGGGGUGCCUUCUGCCAGACAGUCUCGGAUCGGGAGGACUCCUGGCCCUUUCUGGCUGACUUCAACGGCUUCUCCUACCUGGAGUUGAAAGGCCUCCACACCUUCGAGCGGGACCUGGGAGAGAAGAUGGCACUGGAGGUGGUGUUCCUGGCUCGAGGCCCCAAUGGCCUGCUCCUCUACAAUGGGCAGAAGACGGACGGCCGGGGGGACUUUGUAUCACUGGCACUACACAACCGCCACCUGGAAUUCCGAUAUGACCUGGGCAAGGGGGCAGCGGUCAUCAGGAGCAAGGAACCUGUGGCCCUGGGUACCUGGAUCCGGGUCUCGCUGGAGCGCAGUGGCCGCAAGGGUGCCCUGGGUAUUGGUGAUGGGCCCCGAGUCCUAGGGGAGUCCCCGAAAUCCCGCAAGGUGCCACACACGGUCCUCAACCUGAAGGAGCCGCUCUACGUUGGGGGUGCCCCUGACUUCAGCAAGUUGGCCCGAGCUGCUGCUGUGUCCACUGGCUUUGAUGGCGCCAUCCAGAUGGUCUCCUUGAAAGGCCGGCAGCUGCUGACCGAGGAGAACUUACUUCGGGUGGUGGAUGUCUCGUCCUUUGAGGACCACCCCUGCACCCGCCCCUCUGGCCACCCCUGCCUCAAUGGCGCCUCCUGUCUCCCACGGGAGGCUGCCUAUGAGUGCCUAUGUCCUGGGGGCUUCUCGGGGUCACACUGCGAGAAGGGGCUGAUUGAGAAGUCAGCAGGGGACCUGGAUGCACUGGCCUUUGACGGGCGGACCUACAUUGAGUACCUCAACGCUGUGACAGAGAGCGAACUGACCAAUGAGAUCCCAGCUGAGAAAGCAUUGCAGAGCAACCACUUUGAGCUGAGUCUACGCACGGAGGCCACUCAGGGGCUAGUGCUAUGGAGCGGCAAGGCCACGGAACGGGCAGACUAUAUGGCGCUGGCCAUCGUGGAUGGGCACCUGCAGAUGACCUAUGACUUGGGCUCCCAGCCCGUGGUGCUUCGCUCCACUGUGCCCGUCAACACCAACCACUGGCUUCGGGUCAAGGUGCACAGGGCACAGAGGGAAGGGUCCCUACAGGUGGGCAAUGAAGCCCCUGUGACUGGUUCCUCCCCACUCGGCUCCUCACAACUAGACACAGAUGGAACCCUGUGGCUAGGAGGCCUGGAGAAACUGCCCACAGGCCAAGGGCUGCCCAAAGCCUACAGCACCGGCUUUGUGGGCUGCCUGAGGGAUGUGGUGGUGGGCCGGCGCCUGCUGCACCUGUUGGAGGAUGCUGUCUCCAAGCCCCGGCUGCGACCAUGCUCCGCGCCCUGA